AUGAAAUACCACGUAUUCCAGCAUCUUGUGCUCUCAAGCUUCCUGGCAAAUUCCGCUUUCUCCCAAGCCUCGAAUGGUACUGCCAACAAUUCCAUCGUCUCUAUCCCACCAAGCGACACUGUUCUCUUGCCGGCGACGUUCUCGAGCAACUACUCGCUCUCAUUCGUCGACACCGUCCUCCCCCCUUCAUCUGGGGUCCACGCUUCACUUGCCCAGGCCGAAAAUGCGACCUUCAUCUCAUACUCUAAGGCGUUCCUGAACCUGGUCGGCGACUCUCCUUCUGUCCGCCUUAUCGCCGGACCACUCGAGGCAGAAUUUGCCUACGAAGCGGGUGUCUAUGUUCCAGACCUGAACAGCGUGUGGUUCACCGGGUCUGACCCCAAAGAGACCGGCCUGACUUCCUUUCAGUCCCCCCGUAUUGUGCUCAACAUCAACUUGACCAGCAAUGAAGUCACCGUGCCGAAUCUGACAGAACCAGUGCUUGUUGCCAACGGCGGGACAUACCAUAACGGCAAAGUGUACAUUUGCCACUGGGGAAAUUACACCUACGCCGGCGGUAUCUUGGCCAUCGAUCCCAAGACUGGCAAGACCACAACAGUCGUCAACUCCUUCUUCGGUCUGCGCUUGAACGGCCCAGAUGAUAUAGCGUGGACCACCGGACCAGACAACUCGUCCGACCCCGUCAUGUUCUUCACCGACGUCGACUAUAGCGCCCAGCUCAACUUUACCGGCCCAGCUCAGCUUCCCAACGCAAUCUGGCGCUUCGAUCCGACAUACAACUCCCUUCAGCCGGUUAUCUCACGCGCAGAGAUCAACUCACCCAAUGGUGUGGCCGUGUCUCCUGACGGGAAGAAACUCUACGUGACAGACUCACCUGUCUCGAACCUCCAGGGCCAUGGACCUGGAAAUACCACUGGGUCGGCUGCGGUGUUUGUCUGGGACCUUGACGAGACGAUCACUCCUGUGAACAAACGUCUCUUCUCGAUCGCGAGGACCGGCGUGCCAGAUGGUAUCAAGGUUGAUGCUAAAGGAAGAGUGUGGACAGCUGAAACUGAAGGUAUCGUGUGUCGGGAUGCAAAUGGACGGGUGCUCGGUCUCAUCAAUGCAAAGACGCUCGACAAGACAGAUGUGCCGAUUGCGAAUUUCGCUCUCGCAGGGAACAAGAUCAUCGUGUUGGCCAUCGAUCAGAUCUGGGAGGUGACAGUCAAGGAAGAAUUGAGCUGGAUCGUAUAGAGUGACUAGCUGGAAUAGAAAACUAUGGCCCCGAAAUACUGCUACAGACCUGUUGAGGACCUACCUGGUAGAUGGCUGAGAAUGAUGAUAUCAGAGCAUAGCAGGGUAGACUCGAAUGAGAAGAGCUUCCACUGGACUGC